CUCAACCAAAUCUUGCUCGGUUUUUAAACUCAAAAGAGACUCCCUUAAAAGAGGACGGUUUAGCGGAAAAUGCGACAAUUAUAACGCGAACGUUUGUGUGUGAAAGUGAGGGAAUUGCAUCAAGAAUCCAGCAUCAUGCAAAAACAACAAGACGCUUUGUUUAUGCGCAUAGCAGCGCUCCUUUCAUUCGCGUUGUUGUUGUUGCAAGGAGCCAGCGCUGAGGCCGACGCUGACGCUAACGCCGCUGCUGCGUCAGAGUCCAAUUGGAAUGACAAAGUUAAAGUCUACACUGUGGCCACUGAACCCACCGAUGGCUAUAAUCGUUACUAUAGAUCUGCCCGAGUUUAUGACAUUGAGGUAACCACCCUUGGCUUGGGGAAGGAAUGGAAGGGAGGGGAUAUGCAGCAUCCCGGUGGCGGUUUCAAGCUAAACCUCCUCCGCAAAGCAAUCUCUCCUUUUAAAAACGAUCCCGAAAAAAUUAUACUCUUUACUGACAGCUACGAUGUAGUCAUCACUGCUGGUUUGGAGGAUAUCGUAGAAAAGUUCAAAGAUUCGGGUGCCAAAGUACUCAUCUCUGCCGAGAAAUACUGCUGGCCGGACAAGAACCUGGCCAACGAUUAUCCCGAAGUGGAGGGCAAGGCAUCCCGCUUCCUCAACUCCGGUGCCUUUAUUGGCUACGCUCCUCAGGUAUACGGCCUGCUGGAGGAUCCCAUCGAGGACACUGCCGAUGAUCAGUUGUACUUGACCAAAGUCUUCCUCAACGACGCCAAACGCUCCAAGCUGGGCAUUAAGUUGGACACCCAAUCCAAGUUAUUCCAAAAUCUCCACGGUGCUAAGAACGAUGUGAAGCUGAAGGUUGAUCUGGAAAGCAAUCAGGGUGUACUGCAGAAUGUGGACUUUAUGACAACGCCGGCCAUCAUUCAUGGCAAUGGACUGAGCAAAGUGGAUCUGAAUGCCUAUGCCAAUUACUUGGCCAAGACCUUCAGCGGUGUCUGCCUGUUGUGCCAGGAAAACAAACUGGAAUUAGACAAUUCAAACCUUCCUGUGAUUUCUUUGGCUCUGAUUGCCCCACAACCAGUGCCUUUCUAUGAUCGCUUCCUGGAGGGCAUUCGAAAAAUAAAUUAUCCCAAGAAGAGCCUUCACCUGUUCAUCUACAGCAAUGCAGUGCUCCACGAUGAAGACACCAAGUCGUAUGUGGAGAAGUACGGAGAGGAGUAUGCCAGUGCCAAGUAUAUUCUGUCCACGGAUGAACUGGACGAGCGUCAAGGAAGGCAGUUGGCUCUUGACAAAGCCCGCCUUCACAAGAGCGACUACAUCUUCUACGUGGACGCCGAUGCCCAUAUCGACGAUGGUGAGGUGCUCCGCGAGCUACUCGCUUUAAACAAACAAUUUGUGGGUCCACUCUUCACCAAACACCAUGAGCUUUGGAGUAACUUCUGGGGUGCUCUCUCCGAGGGAGGUUACUACGCCAGGUCUCAUGAUUAUGUGGAUAUUGUUAAACGCGAUCUGCUUGGUAUCUUCAACGUGCCCCAUGUGACGAGCAUCUAUCUGGUGAAGAGCAGUGCCUUCGAUGCCAUCAGCUUCCAGCACAAGGAAUUCGAUCCUGACAUGGCCCUGUGCGAAUCUCUAAGAAAUGCGGGCAUCUUUAUGUAUGUUAGUAACCAGCGCUACUUCGGUCACCUGGUCAACGCAGAUAACUUCAAUAGUACGGUGACACGUCCGGAUUUCCAUACGCUGUUCAGUAACCGGUACGAUUGGACCGAAAAGUACAUACAUCCCAACUAUUCGCAGCAGUUGAAUGCCACCUAUCCGAUACCGCAACCGUGUCCGGAUGUCUUCUGGUUCCAGAUCGUGACGGACGCCUUCUGCGACGAUCUGGUGGCCAUUAUGGAGGCGCAUGGCACCUGGUCGGAUGGCAGCAACAGUGAUGCUCGCCUGGAGGGCGGAUAUGAGGCGGUGCCGACGCGUGACAUCCACAUGAAGCAAGUGGGUCUGGAGCAGCUCUAUCUCAAGUUCCUACAGAUGUUUGUGCGUCCGUUGCAGGAGCGUGUCUUUACGGGCUAUUACCACAAUCCCCCCCGCUCGCUGAUGAACUUUAUGGUCCGCUACCGCCCUGAUGAGCAGCCCUCUCUGCGUCCCCACCACGACUCCUCCACGUACACCAUCAACAUUGCCAUGAACCGGGCCGGUAUCGAUUACGAGGGCGGUGGCUGCCGUUUCCUGCGCUACAACUGCUCAGUGGUGGACACCAAAAAGGGAUGGAUGCUGAUGCAUCCCGGCCGUUUAACCCACUACCAUGAGGGACUACUCGUGACCGAGGGCACUCGGUACAUCAUGAUUUCCUUCAUCGAUCCGUGAAGGGAUCGGCUAUACUCACUGCCAUGUUAUGGCCACUCCAAAGAACUGUAUCCUACGCCCGAUUUACGGAAUUAGCCGAAGGAAUUUUGGCGUCGGCCUUGAAUUUAAUAUUGUUUUAAGACCGAUAGCUAUAAUAUCAAUCGAUGAAUCUGUUAAAGCCUUAAGUUACUUUUAAGAUUUUCAACCAAGUGCAAAGUGUUCAAUUUUCGAAUAAAUAAUUUAAGUCGAUUAUUAA